AUGCCACCCCAAAGACAUAAUGCCCUAAAAUCGGUCAAAGGAUUUAGAAAACUAAAAAAUCACGUUAGGGUAUACAGGCAACCCGUUAAUCCAUUAGCUACGAAAGAUGCUGAACCCAUUUCAAGGCUAAUCCUUUUGAAUGAUUCAACAAUUGAGCCAAAGACCAUCGAACUGAGCAAGGCGCGUCCAACGAUUGCCUUAGGUCUAAGCUCCUGUUGUGAAGAUGGACAGAUAAAGUUUAAUGUAAAGGACUAUGAUUAUAAAAUCGCGGACAUACAUUGUCAAAUCAACCUGGUAGAGUCGAAUGGCGUUUAUCGUACAGAGAUUAAGGAUAACUCAUAUGAUUCUUCAACUUACAUAGAAAACAACGAAGGUGUCUUUCUUAUUGGAUAUUGCGAGAGGAAGUAUCUAAAUAAUAAAGACAUCAUUAAGAUAGGAGACGGAGAGAACUGCAUAAAAUAUAGGUUCUGUGAUGUCCUUAAUGAAAGCAUCGCACAUGCAAACUCCGAUAAAUACACAAUUCCUGCCAUGCUUGGUAAUUAUCGGAAAUGUGGUCAUGAUCUUGGGACUGGUGCGAAUGCCAAGGUCUUUUUGGUCGAAGAUUCGAGAACAGGCAGAAAAAGCGCUUGUAAGGUUGUUCUGAAAGAAAAUUAUUCACAAGAUGCGAUUGAUCGUCUUCUAAGAGAACCAGAAAUCAUUGCACGACUAAAUCACGAAAAUAUAAUCAAAAUUUAUACUGCUUAUCAGGAUAAAACACGUAUCGUGAUGAUGCUCGAAUACAUGGAGGGAGAAGAUCUGUACGCCAGAUACCAAUCUAGUGGUCGUCUCGAAUUUGAGAAAAUCAUUCCGAUCACGCUUCAGCUCCUCCGGGGAUUGAAGUAUCUUCAUGAUAAUCUUAUAAUACACAGAGAUUUGAAACCGAAUAAUAUUUUGCUCAAAGAUUCGACCUGUCAGACCAUAAAGAUAUCAGAUUUUGGAUCUGCAAAAGAUAUGGCAAACUUACAAGACAAUAAUGUUGACGACAUGUCGAUAAUGGGGACGCCCUUAUACUUGGCGCCCGAGAUUUGUCUUGCGAUCCUUGGGGGUGUACACAACGUUCGCUGGGAGACAACUUCUGAUAUGUGGUCUAUUGGUUUAGUUAUCUAUUUUUUAAUAAUUGGUUUUACACCAUUUAAUGAAAACAAUCCAAUGUAUAAUGUGUGCAGUCAAAUUACACGUUGGAAGUUUGAUUCAAAGGAAAUCAAGAAUAUGGGAAUUCAAAUGUAUCCAUAUGUGAAUUUAUUAGAAAAUCUACUAGUUAGGGAUCGCAAUCGUCGAUUCUCUGCCGAGGAUGCUUUGCUUUACUUUUCUAAGAUGAUAUAG